CAGCCCGUCUGUUCACGACUUCGCCGUGUACAUACACAAGAGGGCAGGGAAAGGGUGACGUGGAAGAGGAACACAUCAAUCCACGCGAGUGACAGCAGACAAUAACAGCAGACACAUACAUCAACACGAGGCAGCUUACUCCAAUCGGCCCCGUCACCCCACACCAUCAGAGGGUGGUGGUGGUGAGCUGUCUUCGCAUUCCAAGCCUUCUCUCACAUAUACAUACAUACGCACCAUACACACAUGCCAGUACGCGAUCGGUCAGAAAAGUCUCGGUCCCAAUCCGCCGACCCGGAUUAACAAGGCAAAAGAUACGACGCGCGCCGCGGGUGCUGUGCAACCCCUCCAAAUCUCCCUUUACCCCAUGUCACUUUGAUCAGCGGGGUCAGAUGUCAGAUCGUUGCAUGACUGGCCCACCCCAUGGAAGCUUGGUCUUCCCAUUCUUCUUCCUCCUUCUCUGUUGUAAGCGGCCGGACGGGCGGGCAACAAUAACAAGUAAGUUGAUAAGCAGGCAUGCAAGAAGAGGCUCCCUCAAGGUGCCAUUGCGCUCUCUCUCUGUGCCUCUGUCUCUCUCUGUUUGUCCCCCUCCCCCUCCCCCUGGUCUUUUGCCACAUGCGCUUGUGUGUGUGUCUCUCUCUCCUCUUCUCACCCUGUUCCACUUGUCUUCCCUUGGCCCGCUCAGUCCCGGCUAUAGGACCGUAACGCAGUCCAUCAAACCCCAAACGCGACACAGCCGACGUUCCCACGCCCGCCACCACCCCUACUCGCGUAGGACGACCUUUCUUCUCCCUCUCUCCCUCUAUCUCUCUCUCUUAGCUCGCGAUUCGUCUGUUGGUUGGGGCCAUCGUCCCAGGAAGACAAAAGCUGAUUCACAGCUGAUGCACGAGGAAUCUAUCAUCAGGUCAAGAGGCCAUGUCAAUUGACAAGUGCCAUCGAAUCUUCGUCGAGGUUCUCUUUCUUUUUUCUUCUGUGAUGGUUCUCCGCCCCCUUAUUCCCCGAGCUUACUCCUGACGAAUCGCCCGGUUCCAUUUCUAUGUUUGUAACAAUCUUGCCCGGCUUUCCUCGGGGUGUCCUCUGGCUGGUAAGAGAAUGGUCGAUGCUGCGCCCGUAUGAGACAGAAAACAACAAGGGAAAAUCAAAAUAGACGACUCGGUACGAUUGAUUCCCUGCGCCAACCAAAAUAAAAUUCAAAUGAAGGUCCCCAAGAGUUUCUCCCAAAUUCUAAUCGCUUGCCGGUUAUAAAAAUCUGCUUCGGUUUCCUGCUCCUUUGUAGACGAAACUGGCUGUGACAAAACCAUAAUGCUUUCCCCCGUCAGUGGGGGCUUUCUCUA